AUGCAACUUCGUACAUUGUUAUUAGUUAUUUGUGCCGUUUUCCUGCUUCAAGCCUGUCCACCACAGCCGGGACCCCAAGGACCAGAUGGAAAAGAUGGAGAAAAGGGGGAAACGGGAGAUCCAGGACCACCAGGACCUCCAGGAGCAGUGGGACCUGCUGGACAGCAAGGACCUAGGGGACAAAAAGGUGUUCGCGGGGUUCGAGGAGUGCAUGGACCGCCAGGUGCACAGGGAGUAAAAGGAGAUGUAGGACCACCGGGGGCAAUGAUGGCAGGAUAG